UACUACCACCUUAUCGGCGCAUAUCACACGAACCGAAAAGAUCGCAUUGAGCUCGAAUGAUAGUAUAAUCAUAUACUGAAAACAACAUCCUCAGCUAAGAUGCGAUUAUUCAGCGUGCUUGCCACCGCAGUGCUUCCAGUCGUCUUUGCUGCUGCUCAACAAAGAGUGACGGCGCAUUCAACAAGCAUGAGAAUCGAGGACCCGCCAGGUUCAAUGGCCUCUACGCCUGUUCUUGUCAACUCCACCGGUUCGCUUGCAGAACCACUGAAGCCUUUGACGACUGUAGCUGCGGAGAAGCCUGCGUUGGAAAAAGCUUCCGUCAUGGGUCUCAUCGUCUUCUCGGCUGCUGGGCUGUAUCUACUCUGAAUUGGAAUGAGUAACUGGGUCGGUUAGCAUUUCACUGGCGUUUAGGGACAUGAUCAUGAAUUUUUGGAAUGGUCUGGGCUUACUUCCAAGACGCUGAUAGCGUUUUGGCAUUAACGGUGUUCGCAUUUGGAUAUACCCCACGUUUGCAUCUUCUUGGACAUUAAUAGUACUUCUACAUUGAAUCACAUCUGACCUAGCAGAAUGAUUGUCUGCGAUCGUACUUCUUGCAUAGGUGCUGAAUAUGCGGUGA